AUGACUCUAGGCAGUUUUCUCGAUUGCGAUCGGUCUCCAGAAGGAUACUCUUCGUCUGAAGAAGAGCGGGUGCGCCUCUCGGGGAAAGAUGUUAUUUUUAACCAAGGCCAAUUAUUCGAUUCACGGAGCAAUCUCUCAUUCUAUGGUUCUGCAGAUAAAGAACCACAGAAGCAUGGUCCUCGCAGAUGUUGCCCCUCGUUCUCGUCGUCGCAGAAGCCACAAAGGCAUAUACUUCCGUAUUUUUAUGUUUUAUGGGCGGAGGUCACCCUAGAAAAAAUCACUAUCAGCUACGCCGAACCUACCUCAGCGGAUGAUUUAUCAGUUAUGUCAGUUCGUUUUGAACUGGAUGCCAAGGAGAAAACAAAAACUGAAAGAUGGAUUGAACAGCUUUUGCAAUUAGCAUAUGGGAAAGCACAGAGGCAAAAAAGGAUUAAAGUACUUAUAAAUCCCUUCGGCGGAAAGGGUCGAGCGAAAAAACUUUUCGACAGGGAUGUUAAGCCAGUCUUCACUGCCGCCCGAUGUAUGGUUGACGUUCAAAUGACCACACACCAAGGUCAUGCUGUGGAGAUUGCGCAAAACGUUAAUAUAGAAGCCUACGACGUAAUUGCACCUGCUUCAGGAGACGGUGUCGUUCAUGAGGUUUUUAACGGACUGGGCAAAAGAGUCAAUGCAGGCGAAGCUCUCGCCAAAGUCGCGGUGGCCCACAUUCCAUGCGGGUCAGGAAAUGCUAUGAGCUGGAAUCUUUAUGGCACUGGGAGUCCGAGCAUGGCUGGGCUCUGUAUCGUCAAGGGUCUAAGGACCCCACUCGAUCUUACAUCUAUAUCACAGGGAGAUAGAAGAUCAUUAUCAUUUUUAUCGCAAUCUUUCGGUAUAAUUGCUGAAAGCGAUCUUGGAACAGAGCAUAUCCGUUGGAUGGGGAGUGCACGUUUUACCUAUGGAUUCCUAGUUCGUCUUUUCGGGAAAACGUUGUAUCCAUGCGACCUCGCCGUCAAGGUUGAGGUUGGUGAUAAACAGGGUGUGAAGGACCACUAUCGAGCAAAAUCAAAACAAAAACUCCCCGACGCUAUCAAUCAGGACAAGACCACGCCUGUAGGCCUACCGCCUCUUAAGUAUGGCACCAUCGCUGAUCCUCUUCCUGACAAUUGGGAACUUAUCACACAUGAAAAGAUGGGCAACUUUUAUGCUGGAAACAUGAGUUACAUGGCACCUAAUACAAAUUUCUUCCCUACAGCCCUUCCAAACGAUGGCCUCUUAGACCUAGUAACCGUUCGCGGUGAUAUCUCGCUUCUAACAGCAUUACAGAUGCUGACUGCAGUGGACAAUGGCACCUUUUUAGAUAUGUCUGAUGUUAAAAUCCAAAAAGUAUCCGGUUACAGGAUUAUUCCCCGAACUGCAGAGGCAGGGCAUAUCAGCAUUGACGGGGAGAAAGUACCCUUUGAACCAUUCCAGGCAGAAGUGCAUAGGGGACUUGGGAUGGUGAUCUCGAAGUCCCGCUAUAAGUACGAAGCCCCCGGAGUAUGA